GUGGAUUAUGAUGACUGAGCCCGACACCUUCUUCACCACACACACACUCGCAACCAUUGCCGAGCGAUGCAGCGCAGAGGUCGCGCGCACCAAACUUUUCAUUCCCACUGCCGGCUAUUGUCCACCCCACAAAGACGAAGUGCCGCUCAUCCUGCAACAAAGCUUAUCACAGCCGAAAACACUGGAGAAGGACUCAAUCUCAUUGGAGAACGGGCGUGUGGUGGAGAGUAUUGUGGACAGGACAACGGACCACCCACCCACAUACGCUGACGACGAAGACCUGCAAUGGUUCACCCCACAG